GCGUGUAGCGCUGCUCCCGCCCUGUAGGGGAAACAUUGCGCCGAGUUUCGCCAGCGCCGCCCCAUCGCCGUCUGGCUCAACACUGCGGCUGCACCCAGGAAGCUCCCGGCGACCGUGCGCUGCCUCCUCGGCUCGACACCAUGAAGGCCAUCAUUCAGAGGGUCGCAAAGGCCAGUGUGACAGUUGGCGAGGAGCAAAUCAGCUCAAUAGGAAGAGGACUGUGUGUACUACUAGGCAUCUCUGUAGAGGACACCCAGAAGGACAUUGAAUACAUGGUUCGCAAGAUCCUGAACCUGAGGUUGUUUGAAGAUGAAAACGGCAAGCAUUGGUGUAAAAGUGUGAUGGAUAAGCAGUAUGAGAUCCUCUUCGUCAGUCAGUUCACACUCCAGUGCAUCCUGAAGGGUAACAAGCCUGACUUCCACUUGGCAAUGGGAGCCGAGCAGUCGGAGGCCUUCUACAGUGGUUUUUUGCAGCAUGCCCGGAAGGCCUAUAGGCCAGAGCUCAUUAAAGAUGGAAAGUUUGGAGCCUACAUGCAAGUCCACAUACAGAAUGAUGGUCCGGUCACCAUUGAACUGGAGUCGCCUACAGGUCCUUCUGACCCAAGUUUACAAAGCUGGAAAAGCAGCAACAAAGAAAGGAGAAGACCAGGACUAAAGUGCCCUCGGAAUACACCAAGGAGAAAAGUGCCUCACGCAGCAAAGAUGACCCCAGUGCCAGCAGUGGGGCGGACGGCGAUGUUUCUUCAGAAAGAGAGCCCUAAUUCUACUCUCUGCACACUGUAAUGACAGGUUUUAAGAGACUUUCUUUUGGGAACACUGCACUGGAUUAUGGAUCCCCCCUGAUGUCCUGGAAUAUUUAAGCCGCAUUGACCUCCACUCAUUGUGUAAGGCAUCGGAAGUAGAGAAGAGGAAGAAAAAAGAAAUGAAGAUAUGACUGAGCUCUUGAAACCUGAAAUGUAGCUACAAAUAAAGUUGUUGAGAAUCAAGUCCCACAAAUCUUUAACCCAGGUCGCUCUUGCGAUCUCUUGAAAGUACUUUUGAUUGUUCUUUUUCCACAAGAAAUUGUGAAUUUUGGUUUCUAUGGUAGGUUUAGCAGUAAUAGCACAAGAUUGGGUUGGCUACGACUUUUUUAAUGGAGCCUGUUCUUCAAGCCAUCAAGCACAAUUAGUGACAGCCAUCUAACCGAGCCUGGUGACCAGCUAGUUGCCAGACUGAUAACCCAGCACGAAGCAGUUCAAGGACCGAUUGCUGAGUCUGGUGUGAGAAAAAAUUGUGCAAUGCACGGCAGCGUUAUCCAUGGAAAAUUGGACCACACUGGAUCAGGUCAAGGUGCUGGGUAAGAGCCCACCAUUUAUCCAUUCAUUAUCAGAUUUCCUGUUGGGAUUCACAGAUUACUGGAGUGUAGAGCAGAAAUUGUGAGAUUGACCUUAAGCAAAAAAGAAUGCCCCAGUAUUCUUAAACUUUUCACUCCAGACCACCCAACCCAGAUCUCUACCCUGUAAAUCCAUUCAGAGCUUACUGCUCUUCGGUUUCCCACAGAGUGUAGCUGUACUUGUGGAAGGUGAACACAUGGGUAGAUAUUAAUAUGAGAAUGGGCUGCCUUAUAAAGAAGGCGGCAAUGGGAAUUGAAAUAGAGCAACAAACUUUUGAGGUUAAAUACUAGUUCUUUAAACAGUAAAUCUUUCCAAAACAAAGGGAAAAUUGAAAGUCAGCAGAAAUCACAGUGGGCACAUUUAAAGUUCAUAUUACACUUUUCACUGCUUUUUAAGAGACUCCUUGCUAUAACUGCCUGUGGCUGUUCAGAAAGAAAUGAGGCAAGUUUUUGAAGAAAUUUUAAUUAUUAUUCCCUUUCAAUUAUCAAAUUUAAAGGGCUCUUUCAUAUAUUUGUGUUUUAACUUUGUAAAUUUGUAAGGCAAAGAAAUUUCUGAUCACAACAUUGGAGCACUCAAUUAAGAAAUGUAUCAUAUAAAUCUGGCAGUGUACAGGAACUGAUAUUUGCAGUAUUCCAAAAAUGUAUACAAAUUUGUCCUUGCACUUUACUGAUGGUGUGUGGAAUAUUGUCCUAUCACCACGCAGCGUGUGUGGAAUAUUGUCACGUCACCACACUGAUGGUAAUUGGGAUAUUGUCCCAUCACCACACUGAUGGUGUGUGGGAUAUUGUCCCAUCACCACACUGAUGGUGUGUGGGAUAUUGUCCCAUCACCACGCAGAGUGUGUGGGAUAUUGUCCUGUCACCACACUGAUGGUGUGUGGGAUAUUGUCCCGUCACUACACUGAUGGUUUGUGGGAUAUUGUCCCGUCACCACACUGAUGGUGUGUGGGAUAUUGUCCUGUCACCACACUGAUGGUGUGUGGGAUAUUGUCCUUACACCAUGCUGCUUCAGUAAGCCAUUCUGCUGUAAGUAAACUAGUAGUUCUUCUGUGCUUCACACCCUUUGCUUCUUUGGCAUUUGACAGUGAAUCAAUAAUUUCUUCAAUAAAAACCGUAUAAAUACGCCAGUUCUAAAAGCUGCAGACAAAUCAUCACAAACUCCACCUUGUCAACACCACCCGCAUCAGAAACUGAAAAAUGAAAUGUGAUUGUUUACAAUCGUGAAAUAUGCUUAACAUGCCAGGGAGGUGGAGGCCAACAGCCUUUUGAGCACAGUUUAAAUUCCUUUGUGCGCUAGUAGCAGAAGAUGUGUGUGCACACACCUUGGGGGAACAUUGGUCAAGGGUACUAAAUGUUCUAUAUAGUCCCGUUAGAGAAUUGGAUCACAAUGUAUAUCGUAGGCUUAGCACCUUGACUUACAGGUUCCAGAGCCAUUAUCUAUGACACCCACAGAUAUUUGCUCCUGGCUGUAAGCCUCUAUACUACCAUAUCUCACUAUAUGCAGUCUAGCAUUGUGCCACCAGCUCUGGGGAGUUGGUCCUGCCAUUCGAACGCUGUGGCAUAUAAAUAAUGUCCAAAUGAUUGAGGGCACUCUGUGUGGUAAAGUUACCCAGUGCACCACUACUGAAUACUCCUGUUGGGACCAGAAAGCAAGCUGAUCAAGUCUCGUGUGAAAUUUCUGUUAAUAUGUUAUGAAGUAAGGGGUUUCAGAAAGAAAGUUUCCAAGCUGCCCAAACGGCCGCUGCCAGGUUAACAACCCUUCUGAUGUUCUUCAUGGGGUGGUUACAGUGUGCUGGUCCCGAAAGAGAACUUCCUCUUCUGUGAACAAUCUGUGCUUCCCGAAAGGAAACAGUUAUACCUCAUCUCCCCGAGUGGAUUCUGUAAACUGCAGACACUGCAGUCCCGAUCUGAAAGUUGUCCCUAUCUUUUAUUUUGUGGUGAAUCGUAAUUUUGUUUUUUUGUAAAUGUUUAGAGGAUGUAAUAGCUGUGUUGAAUUCUGAAGAUCUCUGUUUGAUGUGAAAGAGGCUGUAUCUGUCCUUAAUCUCGUGUAUCCAUGGUGAUCAUCCUCAUUGUGGGCGAUGUACUGUGAUAAUAUCUGUCCAUUCAAUGUUCAGUCUGCUUUGUUUGCAUGGUGCACAUGGGGAUUAGUAAUUAAUCCAUCCAGGGUUCCAGCUCAGUGAUCCAGUCUUCCCAAGGGAGCCAGGCCAGCCCAGUAAACCAAAUCAGUUCAGUGACGGAGACCCCAGUGAAGCAAUCCACUUUGGUGAUCCAGUCCACCCGGCAAAGGAAUCCAGUUCGGUGAUCAAGUCCACCCAGUAGAGCAAUUGGCUCAAUGAUCUGAUCCCUCUGUCAACAGUUUCAUCUCAGUCACCUCGCCCAGCCACUCCUGUGGUCCGGUCCAUUCAGCAACUGGAUCAUCUCAGUGAUCCAAUGGGAAGCUCAGUGAUCCAGUUCACCCAGGAGCCAUUCCAAUCCAGCGAUCUGAUUCACCUAGAAGCCUAAUCCACUUCACUCAUCCAACUUGUCCACAGAAACCAAACUGGCUCAAGUAGUCAGUCCACCCAGGGAUCUCCACUGCUCUUCAGUGACCCAGCCCACCCACAAGGAAACUAGAAAACAAAGCAUAUUCAAUACAUUUAAAUGAUCUGGUCCAUUUGGCCCGCUCAAUGCAAUACACAUCUAUGUGCACAGUAAGAGGGAACCCAUGAGAUCCCAGGGGUAUGGUUGAACCAUUGGGACAUCUGUUUUGUCCGUCCAGUAACCCUGUGGAGAUAGAAAUUUAAAUAAGCACUAGUAUUGCAAGCACCAACUAUAUGGAGUUAAAAAUGAUAAUGUUUACUAUUAAAUGUCCAAUUCUCACUCAAUUCAAAUGUGAUUUUCUUUUGCCUUCAAAGCAUGUUACUGUGUUAAAACUACUUUGAUAAAUUGGCACUGGAUGGAGGGUGCAAAGUGUAAGAUCAGAACGUAUUACAUAGCAUGUAUGUUGCUUUUUAUUUACUCUGCAUAUAAAAUACAGAAGGUGCAGUAUUUAAAUAUUUUCCUCGGGAUCUUUUCACCAAAUUCGUAAACCUAUUUAUGAACAACAUUCCUAAAGAUUAAAUAGCAGAGAGAAACAAAACAGGCAUUAGUUUUUUUUAAACUGACUUUGAUAAACUAAUUAUUAUGUUAACUUCAUUAAUAUAGCUCACCUCAUCUCACCUUACAAUGAAACAUGGUUUGGUAACAUUUUCAUAUUGUCCUCUGCCUGGCGGAGAAUUCUGCUGGUUGCCAGUAUUCUGCAGCUCAUACUCCAGUGACCUGUACAAUUUUCCAUGCAGGUUGGUCUAAGUUGCCUGAUCAAAUAUCUACUAAAAGUUGCUUUGAGAGUUUUUCAGAAUUCUUCUGCCAAUCACAUCCUAGUGUGGGAAGUGAAACUGCCUCAUCAUGCACAAUAGAAAGCUGCAGUUGAAGUUGCCAUUGAUAGAAAAAUACAGGGGUGCAAAUAUUAUUCCUGCACAACCCAGCGGUGCAGUUUGGAGGACUUAAAGAAUGACUCAUCUGUUGUUAAAAAAUGUUUUUUUUUUAAAUGCCACGGCGUUCCCAUCUGAGAUUUUAUUCAAUUUGUAGAGAGUUUGGGCAGGCUCAUUUUAACUGAACCUUUUAUGAGAUAAACCAUUGGUGCAGAGUUUUAACCAUCACCUUGCAUUCCAGACCAGGGGUUGAUGUAAAGUUUAUGUGACGUACAGCAGGAGACUACAGCUUUGUAGAAAAGGGAGUUUUACAAUUUUAAAUGCAGAGUUUAUAAACAAGAAAGAAACACUCUGUUUUGCUGUAACAAAUCUACUCUUGUGGUUUCUGGGUAAUAGCAUUUAUACCCAUCUGGAAAUUAAUUUCUUUGAUUAGCUGUGUUUGGGGUUUGCGGUUUGGAUGAAGCAUGGUGUGAUACAAAUUGUACUUCUGCACAAACCAUCCAUAAUAAAUGUUGUGUUUAACUUUUA